UUCAAAAUGCUCUCAUCCGCUCUCUCUCAGAUCGACUAUCUGGCGGACCAGGGUUCUGGGCCGGGAUCCGAAGGGAGGGGACCGGAGCAAGUCACAGUCGCUGGCACGAACGAACCUACGAACGAACCACUCGGUUCUGCGUCGUAAGUUCAAUAAUGAACAGUUCUGUUAUCUCGGGGGCUAAAUAAGAACCGGUAGGCAUGGUGUAAUUGUCCAAGAGAAACAUGAUAAUUUGUGUUCAUUGUGGUCCCAAAUGGCCCUCAUCGAUGACCUUAGACCCGAUUCGAUCGACACUAUGAAAUCUACUAGCCAAACAGAACAUACCAUUUCGGGAGAAUUGGGCAUCCCGAAGAAUUGGAAUCGUUUUUCCCAUGGUAUUAUCAGAUCCCAUCAUCAAUCCCACCGGCUCGGCGACGUGGACAAGAUUACCUAGGCAAUCUGGAUUCCGAAGGAAGAGAGAAUGCUUCGCCGGCAGUGAACUGAGCUAGUCUCUGUACUACCCCAACACCUAGAUCAAUCGAUUCUUUGGGUCCCGUUGGCGCGGAAGAGUGCCGGUCUGAUAAGCAACCCUGCGUUCCAGAGGUCUGGAUCCGGACAGGGGCAGGCCACAAGCAGGCUGGCAGGGUAACUUUCUCUACAGUCGAUGAUUACUGAUUACAAAAUUCCUCGCCCAGCAAUGCUGUCAAUAUCCAGCCAGCCAGCAUUCGCGGUGGCGGGCGUGGUCACCGAUACGAACCACAUCGCGCCUCAAAGUCUAGAUCGACCAUUCCAUCGGGGACGACGUCUCCCCUCGAGCUCACCACAAAGAAGAGCACAGUCAUGGCUCGUCAAGCUGUAGAAGCAAGAAGGACUAGUCUACUUAGCGCAGCUCGGAAGUCAGCUUUAGUUAGUCAACCGAGUGAAGAAUCAAUG